UUGCAACCUUAUUUCCCUUGCCAUCCGUUUUGCUACCAUUUGUCUGGCUACUGCUGCCGUCACUGCCGACAUGGCUUCCAAAAGCGACAUUGGUAAGAUGCCACGUCAACUGGCCACGUCAGCAGACCACGUCGGCAGGACAUAUCAGCAGGACACGUCAGAAGAGGACAUCCACAGCCUCGACGACAUAGUUCAGCAACACAAACGAGCGUUAGACAGCCGCCUCCAGCAGCUGGAACAAACCAUCGCCGCCCCCGUUGCCAGCUCCUCCAACACCUCUGAUCGCCUCGAGGCUUUGAAGAUUGACGUCGGAUCCCUCAAGGACGGCGUGCAGUUACAGCACACCGCGACACAACAGUUGGAGCAGCGCAUCUGUGCUGCAGCCGCCAACCCAAAUUCGGGACAGUGGGAGUCAACUCCGAAGUUUGAUGGUCAAGAGAUCUUCUGCGAUUCGACGAAGACGGACCCGAUUCCAUGGUUCCACAAGUUUGAACUCACGAUGCAGCUCCAUCUCGUCAGCGAAUACAAGCACCACGCGUACUUAUACUCCCGGUCGGGAGGCGCAUGUCAAGCCUGGAUGGACAAUCUCUUGUCCAAGUACGGGGUGGUCGCUGCAGAGUUGCACACCAAGAUCAGUUGGGAUGAUCUAAAGGCGACGUGGCAUAAGCGGUUCCAAGUAGAGCCGUCGAAGAUCAAGGCAAUGAACAAGCUCAUGGUCUUCGAACAAGGCACGCUGCCGAGUACUAACUGGAUUGCCAAGUACCAACGCUUGACAUCCGUCCCAAACAUUCAAAUGGGCUUCAAAGCCAUCCGACACUAUUUUAUCUCAAGGUCGUGUCCGACAUUGAGCAAUGCCUUGACUCACGUCGAGGACACAUUGACAACAAUGGCGGAACUAUUUGACAAGGCCGCGCAGAUUAUUGUCACGAACAAGGAGGCUAAGAACCUGCGUUCGUCUGCGGCAGGCCCGAGCAGAGAUCAGCAUCGACCGAAAGUGGCCGUGGUCGCGGCGGCAACUCCUGGCCUGCCCGUUGAAAGGCAAGGGCAAAUCGGAAAAUUGAGCACCGCCGAGAGUGACUCGACGACACUCUCGACGCCUUCGAAACCGGUCACUUCGCGGGUGACCGUCCUUCGUUCCGAGGCAUAUGCGGAAGUCGAUAGUCCUCCUCUUCUUUAUUCUUUUGAGGACUAUGCUGCCCGGCUCGUUCCUACGCUGGGUACUCAUGCUCAAGGACAAGACGUGUGUGCAGCAUCUUCUUCGUCCGACAACGGCAACUUAUCGUCUUCAAGUGGUUCUUCAUGGGAUUUGGCGUGCAAGUUCAAUAUAGAAGUAUUGGACCCGCUCAUGUCCGAGGAUUUCACAUGGCUUCCUCUCCCAACCACGGGCCGCUUGCCGGGACCGCAAUGCACAGCACUAUGCGCUCAUCUUCGCACGUACUUAUCCUUCUAUGCACCACCAACUUCGUCGACGGAUGACGAAGUCGCGGUGGGGGACAUCCUUGCGUAUGUUACCAAGGUGACCCGCGAGUUUCACAAUCAGCGGUACGACGACAACAACGCACCGCUCCUCUACGUCCGCAUCCAAGUUGGGCAAACGUCCUGCAGCGCUUUGCUGGAUAGCGACACGUCUCGCAAUUUUAUGAGCCAAGCCUUUAUGCAAUGGGCUGGCCUUAGCACACAAGUUCGAAGGAAGGCAAACCCGACGACAAUCAAGUUGGCGGACGGAAGGAUGCAGCAACUUAUCGACCUCUACAUCGAGGCCGUACCGGUGUAUUUCGCACCUCAUGCAUGUGAACCGGUGACGUUCGACAUUUUGAACACGGACUUUGACGUUAUUUUGGGAAUGCCUUGGCUUGCACGUGCGGAUCACACGGUCAACUUCCACCGGCGGACUCUUACCGUUCGCGAUGCCUUCGACGCCGAAGGGUCGUGUACUAUUCCUCUUCCGCACCCUUCGAUUCAGUGCCAAGUGGUGACGGCCAAGUCAUUCCGGGUUACUUGUGCUUAUGAGCAGCUCGACGAAAUCGGCCUAUGUUUCAUACGAACUGUCGCGGUAGCCGACUCUUCACCCACGGACUUGUCUUCGGACCCCCGUGUGUUGUGGUUGCUUGACGAGUUCGCCGACAUCUUCGAGUCACCUACCGGUGUGGUGCCGGAUCGGCCAAUUUCUCACGAGAUCAUUCUCGAGGCCGGUGUUGUGCCGCCGAAAGGUUGCAUUUAUCCCAUGAGCGAGGAGGAGCUUACGGUCCUUCGCGCGCAACUCGAUGAUUUGUUGGACAAGGGCUGGAUCCGCCCUAGUAGCUCUCCAUACGGAGCGCUAGUUCUCUUCGUACGGAAGAAGAACAAAUAUCUACGAUUGUGUAUCGACUACCGCAAGCUCAGCGCGCAAACCGCCAAGAAUGCGGCCUCUUCCUCGCAUUGACGAUCUUCUUGAGCGAUUGGGCGGCGCAAAGUAUUUUUCUAAGUUGCAUUUGAAGUCAGGAUAUCAUCAAAUCUCGAUCCGACCGAACGAUCGUAACAAAUCUGCGUUCAAGAC